AUGCGCGCCGCCGUCUUCUCUCCCGUCGUCGUCCUCCUCUUCGCCGCGUCCGUCGCGCCGCGCGUCUCCGCGGGAGGCGUCGACGCGCAGGGCGCCGCGACGCCGCCGCCGCCGCUCGAGGGCGUCCGACUCAACGUCCCCAUCCCCGUCGUGCCCGACGUCGAGGUCUUCACGCCGUCGUCGUACUCCCCGACCGGCGCGAAGAAGCCGCUCCUCGUGUUCCUGCACGGGUUCUGCCUCCCGGACGCGGAGCAGCAGGAGUACUCGUUCACGGGGAGUCGCGCGAGCGCGACGACCCCGCCGCGGCAGCAGACGCUCUCGCAGGUGGGUCUCCGAGACCUCGUCGAGACGGAAGACUUCGUGUACGUCACCCCGACCGCGCCGCACGCGACGCGAUACUGCGCGCUGUGUAACGUCGGCGAGGACUCUCCGAACGUCGGCGACCGGCUCACGGUGCGAUGGAUCAACUCGACGCUGGCGCGAACCGCGCCCGCGUUCGCGUGCCCGGCGUGGGACGGCAGCGACGCGUGCUGCAACCCCGAGCUGGGCGGACGCGGCGACGACGCGUCGUUCGUGAAAGCCGUCGUCGACGCCGUCGUCGACCGAUACGCGAUCGACACGUCGCGCAUUUACCUCAUGGGGAUCGCGACCGGAGGGUUCAUGGCAAACAGGAUGGCGUGCGAGUACGCGGACGUGUUCGCCGGCGUCGCGACGUUCGCGGGGGGCGUGUGGGCGGACGCGGAUAAGUGCGUCGCCGGCGGCGGCGGAGAGAACGGCGUCACGAACGUCCUUAACGUCCACGGCGACGGCGAUCUGACCGUCCCGAUCGGCGGCGGGGUCAACUUCGCGGGCGUGCCGUUCCCGUCCGCGGAUCAGACCGUGGACACGUUCGCGCGAAAGUUUGGAUGCGACGCGUUGCCGAGAGAGGUAGCCGCCGCGGACGACGGCGACGACUUCUCGCUGCCGAGCGACGGAAGGCGAGACGUCGACGUGAGCGUCACGAAGUUCGAAGGCUGCGGCGCUGACGGCGCGUACGUCGUCGAGCAGUGGACGCUCGCGGGCGUGGAUCACUUCAUGCAAGAGAAGACGUCGCGAGGGGUGUUCAAGGCUGUCGUUCAGUGGUUGACGUCCAAGCGUCGCGCGCCGUGA